AAAAGUGAGGAGGGCUUAGAACAGAUCUGAUUAUUUGCCGUCAGGCCUGCCACUUGAGAUAAGAUAUGUGUAUUGAUGUAAGGUUACACAAUGUAUUUGUAACAAAAAGAGCCGUAUUGUUCAGCCUUUAUUUUUCUAAGUAAUGUUUUUGGGUUUAUAGAAACUCUAUUGAAUAAAUGAUUAGAUCAGCUAUUAUAUAUUUGUAAAUGAUCGAACCAUUUUACUAACACAAGGUCCACAUUCCUGAAGCGAACAAAAAGUGAAUUGCAAAAGCAGGGGUAUCUAGUAUAAAAAAUAUACAACUACAACGUGUUCUCAGAUUUAUACUACAUGGAAGAAGAUCCUUUCAAGGAAAUCGCUGAUGAAAAUAUCCAAAAAGUUUUGGAAGUGUUGAAGAAAAACUUUCCUCGUCAUUUUCUUCUUCAUCAGUACGUAAUGAUCAUGAGUAAUCAGAAGAAUAACUCACAAAUCAAACAGUACCUCUACCGACAUGGGGAUUUAGAGCAUGGGGUUUACCUAGUUCAAACUGUAUUUGAAAUAGAUCCAGAGGAAUUGAGUCUCUUCUUUAUUUACACAACAUCAAACGAUCUGACAGUUUUAAACGCUGUACUUUCGAAGACAUCCAAGAUUCCCUGGCGCGGUAAAGGUUUCAUUUUCGAAGUGACGAUGGACAGGUUUACUCCAAUCAUUGGUAAGGCUUUUGUUGCAAAAGGGUUGCGAUGUAUAGUCCAGCAUUACUCUCUCAUGUGGCUGCCUCCUAGCGUUAAAGUAAGCGUACCAGACGUUCCAUCAGGAACAUCUUUAAGACCUUUGACUGAAAAACACGCCACCGAGGUGGCGAAGAACUGGCCGUAUUUUCCUGGAUCAGAGAAGUUCUUGGGAUUAGAAAUUUCGUCCUACCUUGGGCUCGGAAUCUUCAGGAAAAGUGAUGACAAAUUAUUGUGUUCCGCUCUAACUUAUCAUUCCGGAGGUGUUUUCAUGUUGUACACUGAACCAGAAGUUAGACGUAGAGGUUAUGGUGAUUUAAUUAUAAGGCACAUCGUCAAGGAGAUCCGUCAACGAGGCUGGACACCCUUCUGUACGGUAUUCCCAAAUAAUACACCGUCGCUGAAUUUGGUAGGAAGAAUUGGUUUUGUAGAAUUUGACAAGGCUGAUUAUAUUUUCCCACUCCAAUUUUUCAAACAAGUUUCAGAUAACCCAUUAAAACAAAGUUGAUCUACCAACACGAUGAUUAACGGUCUUUACAGAAAGUCAAGCUCCGUUAAUUUGGUAAGUGUAAAUUAAAGGACUAUUUGGGCAAGAAGGAAAGCUGGACAUAAGUUGCUUUUAUUUUUGAAUUGUAAACGGCAGAAAAUUACAUUAUGGUUGUGUCUA